UGUGAACUGUGAUCAUGAAAGCAUAUUUACAUUUUUUUUCCUGCUAUCCUCACACAAAUCUUGCUUACUGUAAUGAGAAACUUCAUGUUUCUAUCCGAGCCUUCUGGCAGAGCCAUGAUUCUCUUUAAGUUCGCGCUUCUUCGCCCGCCGAUCUUCGGUCUUGUCGACUUGCAUUGAUUAAAGUUGGCUUUGGGUCUCACUCAAUUAGUGCCACGCUGAUUGAAUGUGCACUUUAACCGGGUCCGACGACCUUAGGAUUGCGUCUCCAGCUUCGUGAAUUCUUUUUGUCAACGGGAGUUUCAGGUUGUCAAUAGUGUUUUGCAUUGUUUGUUGCUUUGUUAACACGAUUCCCUGUGUCGAGAGUACAAAUUGGUACUGUUUCGAGACGACGAGAAUCCAGUGCCAAUCGUGUAGAUGAACUUUUUGUGGUUAGAAACAGCAGGCAAAAUCCUGUAGUCUACCACCUCGAUCUUAGCGUGUGCAAUGACAGAAAACAUCACUCGAAUUUCAAAUUCCAAAUAUGUUAAUCGUGCUGUGAUUGUGAUGGUUCUUAUCUGCAUGAUGGAUCGUUGUCACGGACAGUCAUGGUGGUCAUGGGGAUCAAGUCCUCCACCGCCUUCUGCAUUGACGGACUCAUCGACUGCUGCUGCACCUUCAAUCAGCUCGGCAUCCGCUCCAGUCACUUCGCCUUCGAUCAGCUUCCCAAGUUUUGGAGCCAUCCCGCCCUCUUCAUCGUCAGCAGAUUUAUUGACUUCUGCCCCGCCUUCGCCAUCCAUGAGCUUCUCAAGUUUUGGAGCCAUCCCGCCCUCUUCAUCGUCGGCAGAUUUAUUUUCUGCUCCGCCUUCGCCAUCCAUGAGCUUUUCAAGUUUUGGAGCCAUCCCGCCCUCUUCAUCGUCGGCAGAUUUAUUUUCUGCUCCGCCUUCGCCAUCCAUGAGUUUCUCAAGUUUUGGAGCCACCCCACCCUCUUCAUCGUCAGCAGAUUUAUCGACUGCUGCUCCGCCUUCGCCAACAUUCUCAACGAUUACUGCAUCUCCGCCCUCAUUGUCGAGUUGGACAUCGUCGCCGCCAUCACAAAGCACCCCAACCUCACCUGCGACGCCACCUUCGCCCACCUUCAGUGUUCCGUCAUCUCCAGCACCUCCGCCUUCCACCGCACCACCACCCCGUCCAACUAACAGCACGACUCUCUUUGUGAUGUCAACUUCAUUUUCUUUCGGAUUCGAGACAAUCUACACGUCCGUGCAGGAUGCCAUAGAUGCAGUUCCAGAAAAUAACACUGAACUUUACACUAUUGAAAUUUUCUCCGGCACGUACUUGGAGAAAGUGUCGAUCCCAGCCACAAAGCCUUUCAUUACACUUCAAGGAGCUGGAAGGAAUACUACAAUAAUCUCAUACAAUGAUACUGCUAAUAGUACUAAUUCUACAGUGAAGAGCUCCACUUUCUCCGUCUUCGCUGCCAAUUUUACCGCACGAAACGUCACCUUCCAGAAUUCAGCACCACACGCUAGUGCAGGGGAAACUGGUGCCCAAGCAGUUGCUAUGCGGGUUGAUGGAGACAUGGCAGCCUUCUAUGGCUGCGGUUUCAUCAGCUCACAGGACACCAUAUGCGAUGAAGCAGGACGGCAUUAUUUCCGAGACUGCUACAUCGAGGGGAAUAUCGAUAUCAUCUGGGGUAACGGGCAAUCUCUUUACGAGUACACGCAAAUACAGUCGACCGCAAUAAAAAACACUGGGAGCAUCACGGCACAGGGUCGUAAUUCUGAUAACGAAACCACAGGUUUUUCAUUUGUGGGUGGCUCCAUAACCGGCACCGGCAAGAAUAUCCUCGGCCGCGCUUAUGGCCUGUACUCGCGUGUCUUCUUUAUUGACACAUACAUGGAAGACAUAAUUAAUCCAGUGGGUUGGAGCAACUGGCCAACGUCGAACGUAUCCAAAGGGUCGCGUCGCCUUCUGGACAAUUCAACCGUCAGGCAUGAGCAAUAUGGUGAAUAUGGAAACACAGGCCCAGGAGCAAACUUAACAGGUCGAGUUAGUUGGAUGUUGAAUUUGUCCGAAGCCGAGGUUGCCAACCUCACAAGCUUAAGCUUUAUUGAUGGAACAUUGUGGCUCUCUUCGGAGACAUGACCCGACGUUUGUGAUCCUUGUGUUACAUAAUGCUUGACCACUUUGUAUGCUACAUUUAUGAUAAUCUUACAUGUCUGAGGCUUUUCCCAUCUGGCUCAUGUUUACUUGAGCGUGCAAUGAUUAUUGGCUUGAAAACGGUGUCACAUUGAUAAUCUUGACACGUUUUAGACUCAGGGCAGACACCUUCCAAUAACGAAAUCGUCAGUGUUCAGAUGAUUCGCAGAAUAUGUAACCGUCAUGUAUUUGCGGAAAGCAAGCCUUAAAUAUUCUGGGCACCAUGAUCAGAAA